CCUCUUUCGGACAGCUGGUGACCGCGGUGUUUCUCAAGUUCUGAAUUUCUCCAACGGACGCAGGAACAGCCACAGCGCCCCCUGGUCCCUUUUUAAAAAGGCACCAUGUUUUAUGAUUUGAAUGUCCCAUACAGUCCGGAUGACCCAGAGGGAAUCCACACCUUAAACUUCCUUGCUGAACUUGGUUACACCACUGUCGCUUUGUCUCAAACAAUCACGGGCAAGCUUCCUCCGAAUCUCAGCCCGCCACCUCUUCCAUCAAAUGCCCCAAAGUCGCUCCAGCUACUUACCCGGCUCAACCUUACACUCUCCGACCCCGCGCAAAAUCAGCGGCUCAAUAGCUUAUCACAAGCCUAUGACAUUGUUGCUCUGCGCCCGACAAAUGAGAAAACCCUUCUCAAUGCCUGCACUAAUUUGGAGUGUGACGUGAUAUCACUCGAUUUUUCUGUGCGACUUCCAUUCCACUUCAAAUUCAAAAUGCUGUCGGCUGCGAUAUCACGUGGUAUUCGUCUAGAGAUCUGUUACGGCCCGGGAAUCACAGGGAGCGGGUUGGAUGCCCGUCGCAAUCUUAUAGGGAAUGCAAUGUCGUUGAUCAGAGCUACACGGGGUGGAAGAGGGAUUAUCGUAUCAAGUGAGGCUAGACGUGCGCUGAGCUUGCGAGCUCCUUGGGACGUGAUCAACCUGACCUGCGUGUGGGGGUUAUCACAGGAGCGCGGCAAGGAAGCGAUCUGUGAAGAAGCUAGGAAGGUCACAGCGUUGGCCAAGCUCAAGCGCACGAGCUGGCGCGGCAUUGUCGACAUUGUCCAUGGCGGAGAGAAGGCUAAGACCGAGAAGCCGACAGCGAAACAGAAGGGCCAAGCUCAAGCAGCCACCUCUACACAAUCGGAAAAUGCCACCGACACCUUGAAAAGAAAGGCUUCUCUUGGCUCGGAGGCCGCUGUGGAGCCCGAGAAGCCCAUGUCGAAGCGAGAGAUGAAGCGGCGAGCCAAAAAAGCACGCCUUGAACCACAGGGAGAAGACGCGAGCUGAAUUGUUACGGAUCAUUAGACCUCAUCAUUCUUCAGGCACCCCCUCUAUCGUGAAGAUAUGGGAACCGAUGGGCUUACUCUUGACCUGGCGUCGAAGGUGACUCGUCCUGGUCGCUUCUUAUCAUCUCCAAGUGUUGCCAUACUCUCCACUGCUCGAUGAUCCUAGCCCAAUCUGGUGGGCUUACACGCGGGAUGAUGGCAAUCUUUUGCCACAAAAUGCUUGCUGCUGCCAGGCGUGAUCCUGGAUUUGGUGCAAAUAUCAGCUGCCCUUGGUACACUGCCAGUCGUCCGUGUCUCAUCACCAACACUCGCGAGAAUAUCUCUGCUCCACUCGAUGGGCCAUGAGAUCCGCGAGGGGUUAUUUGCGCAUAAUCUACCACAGCAUCUCCGCGCCCUAGCAGGCUUUCACCGCAGACCCCAGUUCUUCGUCAAAGUGGAAAAAGGCCUGCUGGCUUUAGCAUUGCAUAUUUAGCAUCAAUACCCAAGUCUCAAACCUUGUACGAGAUUUAUCAUUUCUUCUAAUGUUUUGUACCCAUCUCGCUCUCUGUUAAGCUAGGUACCUAUCCUCUGCUCUCCAUUCGCCCUGUAUCACCGCUAGCUCCCUACUGCCAACCUUCCCUUCAAACCCGGGAGCUACGAUAUCGUGACUUUUAUGCAUAACUGCAUAAAUGCGCGGGACUUCCAACCGGGCAGCUCGGGCAGGGUCCUAAUUGUGGCCGAGUCCUUGGGGC